UUUCCCCCAAAAAGCUCCGAUUUUCUCGUUAAGAUUUUCUGGGUACUUCCAAUUCUUUAUUGGGUAACACAAAAAAAAGAAGCCAAUUUUCUUUUUUGGUUAAAAAAGGAAAAAGAAUGGCAGAAAAUCAAGAAUCAUCACCGGUACCCACAGUUCAAAACAUACUAGACCAGAACAGCCUAAAAUGGGUUUUUGUUGGUGGCAAAGGAGGGGUGGGUAAAACCACUUGUAGCGCCAUUAUUUCCAUCCUUUUGGCAGGUGUUCGUCCCUCUGUUUUGAUUAUUUCCACCGAUCCUGCUCAUAAUCUUAGCGAUGUUUUUCAACAGAGGUUCAUUAAAACACCCACUUUGGUUAAUGGCUUCACCAAUUUAUUUGCCAUGGAAGUGGAUCCUACAUCUGAAGAUGAAAAUGUUGGUGGUGGUGAAGGAAUGGAUAGUUUAUUUUCAGAUUUGGCUAAUGCUAUUCCUGGUAUUGAUGAGGCUAUGAGCUUUGCAGAGAUGCUCAAAUUGGUUCAAACAAUGGAUUACUCUUGUAUUGUGUUCGAUACCGCCCCCACCGGACAUACGCUUCGGCUUUUGCAGUUUCCGGCUACGUUAGAGAAGGGACUUGUUAAAGUUAUGUCGUUGAAAAGCAAAUUCGGUGGCUUAUUGAGUCAGGUAACCCGUCUUUUCGGGAUUGAUGAUGAAUUCGGAGAGGAUGCACUUGUGGGGAGGCUUGAAGGCCUGAAAGAAGUGAUUGAGCAAGUUAAUGAGCAGUUUGAAGACCCUGACUUGACAACCUUUAUAUGUGUUUGCAUACCAGAGUUCCUUUCUCUCUAUGAAACAGAGAGAUUAGUGCAGGAACUCACCAAAUUCGAGAUCGAUACCCACAAUGUUAUCAUCAACCAAGUAAUUUUCGACAACGACGAGGUCGAGUCCAAGCUAUUAAAAGCACGAGUGCGGAUGCAACAAAAGUAUCUCGACCAGUUUUACAUGUUAUACGACGAUUUUCACAUCACUAAGCUGCCAUUGCUGCCAGAAGAGGUUACUGGUGUUGAAGCACUAAAAACAUUUUCGCAACAUUUUCUCACGCCUCAUGAACCGGCUAUCUCUCGAGGAACAAAAGAAGAACUCGAACGAAGAAUAUCCGCAUUGAAGAAACAUGUAUUGGACACCGAAGAUGAACUCGAGAAACUCCGAUAA